CAGGGCGUGGCGGGGGGGGGGCGUGGCGGACGAACGGAGCGGUCGGGUCCACUGAGUCGGGCAGAGAGGGGAGCGCAACCGGUCGGCUCCACGCACCGCGGGCGGCUGGGGAGACCUGCAGCCGCCGGCCGCGACCACCAUGCAGGCCCGCGGGGUUAGUGAAGGAGCUGCGGGUCCACGUGAGGCUAGGCCCGGGAGCGCGCUGUGGGCGGUUGGAAUCUCGCAUGGCCCGGAGCCGGGCGGGGCUGCUUCUGCUGCCUCUGAUACUCCCGCUCCUGGCGACGCCUGUCCAGGGGUCCUACGACUACCAGUACUUCGGCGAUCAGGGCGAAGGCGACACUUGGGAGCAGCUGCGGCAGCUGCAGCAACCGAAAGACGUGGAGGACUCGAUCCUGAGCCCGUGGGGAAAUUGGCGCUGCCUCUGCGACCUGGGGAAGGAGGAGCGCAGCCGCGAGGUGCAGGGUACGGCACCGGCCCCUGUGUUCAUGGAUCGUGAGAACCUGGUGCAGAUGCGGCCCUGCCGGCAAGGAGAUUGUCCAUCCUGCAAGCUGAUCCAGUGCAACUGGAGGCCCUGAGCCCGCGUGAGAGACUGGCGCAGAGGGGGCGGGGCCUAGGGGGCUGUCAAGUUCAGGGACGUGAGUUGCAGGAGUGGGGCUCGCAGAGUGGAAGGACUGCGUGGGGUGGGAACCCAAAGCCAACGAGAUUGGCCCUGGUAGGGAACCAGGAGCCACAGGCAGAAGGGGACAGGAAUGGGGACGACGCAGAGGGGUGAACUGGGACCUUGAGUAAGGGACGUUAGCCUGGUGAAAGGCCUUGACGCACAGACCGAGAACGAUAGCCCGGCUGAAACCUGGGGAUAGAGGGAGAGAAGCGGUAAGGAUCGCAGACAGGACUGAGAGAAGUGAGCUUCGCUGAGACUGGGGGACUGAGGAAGAACAGUGGGGGUGG